CCUCCCAGUGCAAACGAGAGCCCAGUGACGGACUGAGACAGCUUCUCACACCUUGAGCCUUGGAGAUGGAAAGAUAAUGCUGUUUCUUUAAGAGAAGAGGAGGAGAGGACCCAGACGUGCAGGAAACGAGCAUCAGAGAAGGAGGGAGAGCUCGCAGAAGUGUAAAGGAGUGUGCUCUCUACACUGGUGAUCGGCUGCUGUGUUGACAAAGGUGUCCCUACCUCUCUGUGAAGCCCUGGGAUUCAGGAUACAGUACGUCCUCUGAACUGGAAGACAACAAUCAGAGAUGAGUGAGGGCGGCGAUCUUAUGUCGGUGCAGUUUGAAUGUCCCAUAUGCUUGGACAUCUUCUCCAAGCCUGUGUCCAUUCCCUGUGGACACAGCUUCUGCCUGGCCUGUAUCGGAGGCUACUGGAACAGCACCGACCUCUGCCUGUGUCCUCUCUGUAAGGAGUCUUUCCAGGAAAGGCCCAAGCUUUGCAUCAACAGGAGCCUCGCCGAAGUCACCGAGUUUUUCAAGAAGAAGCGGGAGAGUGGCUCAGAGCAGCCCCCCGCCAGGCCCGGGGAAGUGGCCUGUGACGUGUGCGCGGGCCCCAGGCUCCGGGCCCUGCGGUCCUGCCUGGUGUGCCUGGCCUCGUACUGCGAGACGCACCUGGCCUCCCAUGGCGCACGGUUUACCACGCACCUGCUGGUGGACCCGGUGAGGAACCUGGAGGAUAGAAUCUGCCAGAAGCACGAGAGGCUCCUGGACCUGUUCUGUAAGAGCGACCUGAGGUGUGUCUGCGUGCAGUGCUCAAAGAUGGACCACAGGGGGCACACUAUCGUUUCUUUAGAGGAAGCGGCCCAUGAGUUUAAGACUGAGCUGGGGAAAUCUGUGACUGAGGUACAGCUUAUGAUCCAAGAGCGAGUGAGGAGGGUGGAGGAGAUCAGGCAGUCUGUAGAGCUCAGUAACGCCAGUGCAGAGAGAGAGGCUGCAGAGGGGUUGCAGAUCAUCGGCACGGUGCUGAACUCUGUCGCCAUCGCUCAGGCCAAGCUAACCGCGGGGAUCGAGGAGAAGCAGAAGGCUGCAAACAGGCGGGCCGAGGGCCUCGUCAGUGAUCUGGAUCAGGAAAUCUGUGAUCUGAAGAGCAGAAAAUCUGAUAUGGAUCAGCUCUUACACACCAAGGACCACAUCCACUUCCUGCAGAGUUUCCCUCCCAUGAGCUCCCUGCCACGCACCAAGGACUGGUCGAACAUCAUUGUCCAUACUGAUCAGUGCGUCGGCAGUUCAAGGGCAGCAGUUUCUCAAAUUGAGAAAACAGUUAAUAAAUUACUGCAAAAGUUGUCUGACAGUGAGCUGAGAGAAGUGCAGCAGAGUGCAGUCGAUGUCACUCUGGACCCAAGCACAGCGAACCGCUGGCUGGUUCUGACCGAGGACGGGAAGCAGGUGAGGAUCGGGAGCAGUGAACAGGCCCUCCCUGAUGACCCGGAGAGGUUUAGCCACUGCACCUGCGUCCUGGGGAGAGAAGGCUUCUCUUCCGGCCGGCACUACUGGGAGGUGCAAGUGGGGGACAAGACGGAUUGGGACUUGGGGGUGGCGAGGCAGUCCGUCAACAGGAAGGGGGAAAUCGAGGUCAGCCCCGCGGAGGGCUACUGGACCAUGUGUCUGAGAGAUGGGAAUAAGUUCAGCAUCUGUGCCAACCACUCUUUCACCCUCUCCCCGGGCUCAAGACCGCGGACGGUGGGCGUAUAUGUGGAUUAUGAAGCAGGCCGGAUCUCAUUCUACAAUGUCGACACCAGGUCCCACAUCUACACUUUCCAAGGGACCUUCACCGGAAAGCUCUACCCCUUUUUCAGCCCUUAUCUGAGUGAGGGUGAGGACAACUCUGCCCCUCUGGUCAUCUCUCCGAUUAGGACCAGUCUGGUGGACUGAUAAGAGCAUGGAGCGGAGGGGGUUAGGGCAGGGGUCAGAAACCCUGGCCCUGGCGAGCCGCAGAGUGUACUGGUGUUUGUUUUCACCUUAAAAUCAGCAACUCAUUCAGACUCAAGAAACAAGGUAACUGUGUAAUCAACUGCUUUAAUUGAUUGAUUAAGUGCUGAGUAACAAUGAAAAUCAGCACACCCUACGGCUCUCCGCGGCCAACCCCCGGGUUAGAGCAGGUUUAGUUUGAAUUUACCGAAAUAAAUGGGCUUUGAGAUAUUCAUAUUUCGAAUUUGAUAUUUCACCAUUGGUAUAUAUUACUUUUUAUUAACCAGAGCUCCUGCUUAUUACAUAUUCAGUGGCAUUUUCAUUUGAUAAAAUGACGUAUGCGACACAGGUGCUGUUGGGGGGUGAAGUGUAGCAUUAGCUUUAACUUUGUGAUCAUAAGGUGUUCAGGCUAAACCCUUUACCUCUUACUCUUUUUAAAAAGUAAACGGUGGGUGAUAAACUGUGCUGGUGAGAAAUCAAUGACAUCUCACUUUUUAAAAUGGUAUUUUCA